GAACUCCAGCCAAAAGCCCCAAGCCCAACCAGUUGUUUCACUGAAUACAGCUUCAAUAAGCUCACUACUCACAUUCUCAAAUACAUAGAAAGAUACAGUUCGACCACGACGUUUUGACCGGGUUUACAUUUUUAUGUUAAGAUUAUGGGGUGCUGGAGAUUCUCGGCAGUGAAUAUUGUUCUUCUGUCUUUCUGCCUUCCCAUCCUCUCCUUCACACACAUCAAGACCAGCCUGUGUAAGUGGUGUGACUACUCCAGCCCUAUCUGUGAGGACAGUGUGUGUUAUACCAACUGUUCCCUCUCCUCCUUCUGUAAUCUGAGUGAAGAGAUCUGCGUUGCUAUAUGGCGGAAGGACAACCAGAGUACGAGUGUGAAGACGUUAUGCCACCAGCCCCAGCAGCCCCUGGAGAACAUCAUGUUGUCUAACUACUCCUCCAACGAGUGUGUGAUGACUCCUCAUCCUUCUGAGGACGGGGUCCUGUUCGUCUGUGGCUGCCUUGGAGAACACGAGUGCAACGAUAAGCUCAUAUUCGACAAGGGCUCCAAUGGUUUUUCCAAGCUCAAGAGUAAAGAUGUGAUCCCAGUGGUAGUGAUCAGCCUGGUCCCUCCCUUCUUAGUGGCUAUCAUUGCUUCCAUGGCUUUCUACCUGUACCGUACCAAACAGCCCAGCAAGCAGCCCAAAGACUGGGCUCCCAAACGCACACACUACAAGGCCUUAGACAUCCCGGAGGGACUUAGUGGGGACGUCAUCACCAGUGGUGAGGACUGCCAUGGCAAGCGGUCAGCCAUCAAUGGCGACACCACCUCUGACAUGUGUCCUGUCCGGGCCUAUAACUUCAACCACAACAUGGAGCAGCUGCCUAUCCAGCUGGAAGCCUUGGUGGGGAAGGGUCGCUUCGCUGAGGUUUGGCGGGCCAAGCUCCACCACCAGGCCGCGGGUUCUCUGUACGAGACAGUGGCAGUGAAGAUCUUCCCGUCUGUGGAGUACGUGUCCUGGAGUAAGGAGAGGGCCAUCUUCUCUGACGCCAACCUGGAGCACGACAAUGUGGUUAAAUUCCUGACAGCAGAGGAGCGAGGGCCCUCCGGCUCCCCUCAGAGGCAGUACUGGCUGGUCAUGGCCUAUCACAGCCUUGGGAACCUGCAGGACUUCCUGGCAGGCCACGUGUUGAGCUGGGCUGAGCUUUGUGCUAUGGCUGGGUCGGUGGCUCAAGGAUUGGCCCACCUUCAUAGUGAUACCACCCCCUGUGGGAUCCCCAAGGUGCCUGUGGCCCACCGCGAUCUGAAGAGCAGCAACAUCGUGGUGAAGAGCAGAAGAGAGUGUGCCCUCUGUGACUUUGGUCUGGCUCUGAGGCUGGACCUCUCCCUCACCGUGGAUGACUUUGCCAACAGUGGCCAGGUGGGGACAGCUCGCUACAUGGCCCCUGAGGUGUUGGAAUCUAGGGUGAAUCUGGAGGAUCUGGAGGCCUUUAAACAGAUGGAUGUCUACUCCAUGGCCCUGGUCCUCUGGGAAAUGGUGUCCCGCUGCGAAGUCAUAGGGGAGGUGAAGAGUUAUGAGCCGCCCUUUGGCUCUAAGGUGUGUGACCAGCCGUGUGUGGACAGCAUGAGGGACCUGGUCCUGAGGGACAGGGGCAGACCUGAGAUACCCACCAGCUGGACAACACAUCAGGGUAUGGAUCUUCUGUGCGCCACCAUCAAUGAGUGUUGGGACCACGACCCAGAGGCCAGGCUCACAGCCCACUGUGUGGUGGAGCGCUUUGGAAGUCUAGAAGAGGAGAUGGAGCAGAAGGGGUUAGACACUAUCAACAGCCAGAACAACCAUCAGGGUCCUCCCUCUGGCAUCUUCCCUGACUGUGACGUGGACCCUUUGACUCCUGAAACAGACACAGAGGGACCCUCAUCCAUGGGCCACUGACCGAGAUAAUACAAGGAUCACCAGAAAGAAACAUUUCUAUAUGAUAGAUUGAUGGCACUCUACCCUAACAACAAAAGAAAAAGGACACAUUUUUGUAUGAUAUAGUGUUUAAUUUGAAGGAGCUGGUCUCCUGUUUGAUUUGUGUAAUAUAGCCUUUAUGAAGUGUCUUACGAAUGCACUUAUGAACUUGUGACACUGAAGAGUUCUUUCUGCCCCUUGGAAAGUUUUGUGCACAGGAUUCAGGGAAGAGAGCAAACUGGCAUACCACUAAUUAUCAUCCCAAUUUAACGUGUACAUUUGACCAAUAACUAAAAAAGCAGAUCAGUUUCCAAAUCUGAAGUACAUAAAUCCUGUAGUGAAUGCUGACAUGUAUGCGUCACUAAUGGCACCCUGUUCCUUACUACUGUUGACCAGAGCCCCUAUUGCUCUGCUAUAUACAGGGACUAGGGUGCUGUUUGGGAGCCAACAAUGGUUAUUUGCUACAGUACAGACGGCACUAUAUUUUGUGACAAUCUCCAUUGGUGUUCCAGCUAUUUAAAUUGGUCCUCUUUCUAUAUGAUAGAUUGAUGGCACUCUACCCUAACAACAAAAGAAAAAGGACACAUUUUUGUAUGAUAUAGUGUUUAAUUUGAAGGAGCUGGUCUCCUGUUUGAUUUGUGUAAUACAUUUUUUUUAUGUUUCCUAUUGGAGAGAAUUUACCUUACAAGAAUGAUUUCUUACAUUUUUUCAUCUUCUCAAAUGAACUGUUCCAUUGCCUUCUUAGUGUGUAGCCUCAAAAGCCCAAUUUAUACCUGCCACUUACAUGCGUUCUUCAUCCUGAUCUUUUCCAGUCUUGCCAGUUUACACUUACAAAUCUGAUCAAAAUCAGUAAACAACGAGUCUUUUAAUAAUCUACACGUCUAAAAAUGUGGGCACAAUCAAAAUGAGUCAACAUUAGGAUAAAGGGUGCAGGUAUGAAGUGGCUAAAGAGCAGUGUGGUCCUCGUCCUGCCAGUAUGUGUCCCAAAUGCCACUAUAGACUCUGGUCAAAAGUAGUGCACUAUAUAGGGAUUAGGGUGCCAUUUGUGAUGCACCCUAGAGUUAUCUCAGAGAUGAGGGGUUUGCAUUUUCCUUAACCACAAGCUGCUGCGACUGUAAAUGGUGAAUGUUAUAUAGACUAGGGACCACAACACACAAACUAGCAUGGAGAAAUGUUAUUUUUAAGAUGAAAGAAAGCCAAAGAGCAUUUAAUGAUUCCUUUGAACUAAUAGCUGCACACAUACACACGUUUGGGGUCACUUAGAAAUGUCUUGGUUUUGAAAGAAAAGCUAUUUUUUGUACAUUAAAAUAACAUCAAAAUGAUCAGAAUUAGUGUAGACGUUGGUAAUGUUGUAAAUGACUAUUGUAGCUGGAAACAGCUGAUUUUGAAUG